UCCAUCCAGAUCAAUAGGGAAGUGAGGGUGGAAAGAAGAAGAAGAAGAGGAAGAAAUAAGGGGCGCAACCGGAUCGUUUACAGUGGCUGUUCCCGAGGAAAUAUAGACUUCCCUUGCUUGCACCUUUUGUUGCUCACAUGCUCACACUGUAAAAGUGGAUAUCGAGGCAAUUCCCUUGCUUUGUGUGAUUGCAGCAGACUUUUUUCCCUUUUCCUACCGCCAUGUCUUUCCCUCAGCUGGGAUAUCAGUACAUCCGACCGAUAUACCCGCCGGAGCGCCAGGGGAUCGCCAGCAAUGCUCGGUCCGGGACGGAGCUCAGUCCGUCCGGCGCACUCUCCAACGUCCUCUCCACUAUGUACGGAUCUCCUUUCGCAGCAGCAGCGCAGGGCUAUGGAGCGUUUCUCCCCUACUCAAACGAUAUAUCAAUUUUCAAUCAAUUGGGUGCUCAGUAUGAAUUGAAAGACAGUCCCGGUGUCCAGCACCCAGGGUUUGCCCACCAUCACCCUGCUUUUUACCCAUAUGGCCAAUAUCAGUUCGGUGACCCGUCCAGACCCAAAAACGCCACCAGGGAGAGCACCAGCACCCUGAAGGCCUGGCUCAGUGAGCACCGCAAGAACCCCUACCCAACCAAGGGCGAGAAGAUCAUGCUGGCCAUCAUCACGAAAAUGACCCUCACCCAGGUGUCCACCUGGUUCGCCAACGCCAGGAGGAGGCUAAAGAAGGAGAACAAGAUGACCUGGGCCCCCCGGAACCGCACCGACGAAGAGGGAAAUGUUUACGGCAGCGAUCAUGAGGGGGAGGAGGGGGACAAGAGGGAGGACGAGGAGGAGAUCGACUUGGAGAACAUCGACACGGAAAAUAUUGAGAACAAGGACGACUUGGACGACCAGGACGACCUACAUUCAGACAUUAAACUAGACGGGAGGAGUGACUCUGAGAUUUCUGACGGCUAUGAGGAUUUACAAGGGCCCGACCAGAGGUUUCUAAAGGCUGUAGGGAAAGAGGGCAAAGACGUGGAGAGGGGAGGAGAGCACUUCCACAGCCACCACCACCACCACCAUCACUCUUCUUUGGACACCAAAGCGUCCCAACAAAACGGAGAGCAGCUCAAACUAAACCCUGUGUCCGUUAGCUCACCCCCCUCAGAAAACAACCCUGCCCCAGCCCAAAAGCCAAAGAUCUGGUCUUUGGCAGAGACUGCCACGGCCCCUGACAAUCCGCGCAAAUCGCCACAAAUAAACGGCAGCAACUCCGCAGGGCCGGCCGCCCAGACCAUAAUCGCCCCUCACAGACUCAUCUCUUCUUGUCCCGUUGGGAAAAUCCAGAACUGGACGAACCGAGCUUUCUCGGCGCAUCAGCUGGCUUUACUGAACUCAAAUCAUUAUCUGGGACUGGCAAACCAGGCAACAGCCACCGGCCUGGCCCUCUACAGCAGCAGGCAAACGGAGGACAAGAGUCAUAGUUCAGAGACUCCAGUCACAGGUACAUGUCCCCGACACUGAGACGCGCAUGUAUAAAUAACUACAAAAACAAAGACACUAGUCCAUUGCCCGCCAUUCAUUUCUAUUAUUUUAGUCCUCCUUUUGCCUUCUUUGCCUGUUCAUGGAUUUUUUUUGUCUAGGCCACACAGAUGAACAGUGUUACAAUGUUAUAGCUUACAGAAGACAGUGUGUGUGAUGUGUGUGUGCGUGUGUAACUGCUUUGAAAAAUGCCAGAGAGGAUUAUGAACACCACACCAGAAAGCAUUUUUUUUUUAAAGUCAAAUGUUGAAUUGGGUGAAAAAUGAUUUUAAUUUUUGUGCCCCUUCCUUCCUUUAUUUGGAAUUGUUAUAUCCUUAUGAUAUUAAGGCCCAUGUGCUUGUAUUCAGUGAUUUACAUAAAUCCCUCCACCCAUCAAACCAAACUCGUUUUCAACACAAAAUUCACAGGAUGUGCUCAGAUAAUAGGCAGUUCAAUUAAUGCAUUUUUUUUAUUUUUCAUUGCCACAAUUUCAGAGAGCUAGUGCCUUGGAUGCAGAGAAAAAGUUGUUAAAAACAGCUUCCCACCCAGUUCAGAGAUAGAGAGGCUGUCAGUUAAUGACAUUUGGGGAUUUUCUUUUUGAUGCCAUAUCACAUUUUCUUUUUUAAACGCCAUAUUUACCCAAAUUAGCUUUUAUUCUAAGAUUUGUUUUAUCCCUGUGUGUGUGGCUUGUGUUAUUUCGUCAAGGCCUAUGUUACACUUACUUGUUUGGUCAUGCAAAUGAGCUCAAUGCAAAUUCACUACAGGCUCAUUUUUGAAAGGCAAUUGUCACUUUUAUAUCACUUUGUGUUUUUAGCUCUUCAUGAGGCUAUUAUUAGUGUUUUUGUUUUAGAUCACUACAAUUUUCUUUCCUUUUACCCCUGUGUAUUUCAGGCCUCAGAACUAACUACAAGCAGCGGUGGUUCUAUAGGCUCUCUCCUUUCCAUAACCUCUCACCCAUGCUCUUUUUUCUUUUUCUUUUAUUUGAAUAUGGAAUGUAAAAUAAGAAUAAUACAUCUCUGUAUACUUACAUUGUAAGCAUGUCCUGUGUAAAACUGCUAAUGUAAUAAUGUAUGAACCUGUAGUCUGUGAGUUUUUUUUUUCUUUUUGUAAGUUCUGUGAGGAUUUGAUGUUCAAAUGUUUUGUAUAUAAAGUUAAGAAUAUGUACAUACUUGUGAACCAAAUUGUACAAGAAAGUCUAUAUUUUGGCUAAUAAAUGAAC